GUACACUGCGGUGUGUCCAUGAAUGCUAAGCUAGUACCAUUUAUCUUUUAUUUCAUUUAAAGUGGGAGAAACUCUUCCUGUUUCCAUGGCGUGUGUAAAUGCUAAAUACGUGUCCCAGAAAAUCAGUAAAACGAGAUGGAGGCCAGUAUCACAUUCGUCUCUACAGCAACCAGAUAUCUUUGCGGCAGGCUCCUGGGACAACGAGGACAACAAGAUUUCCUUUUGGUCCAUUGGGAAUUAUGGAGUUCUUGGUAUGGAAGAUGGAUUUGAAGGAGAACCACAGCUUUUAUGUGAACACAAGCAUGAUGGAGAUGUUCUAGAUCUUCAAUUUCUGGACCAAGACAGAAUCGUCACAGCAUCAUCUACCGGAGCAGUCAACAUCUUCCGCCACCACCAUAACAGUCAGACAAUAUCAGUUUCUCAACAUUGGCCAAGAGCACAUAGUUACCCCUGUGACAACGCUCCCUGUACUGGUGUUGUGUGCAGCAGCCCUGAGAUCGUCACAGUGGGUGAAGAUGGCAAGAUCAUCGUCUUCAGGGCCGAUCAUGAAGGAAUCACUAGAGUCAUAGAGAAUGCAGACAGCAGCACAAUUCACGCCGUGACGUACCUGAGGACAACAGAGAUCCUGACGGUGAACUCCAUCGGCCAGUUGAAGCUGUGGGAUUUCAGACAACAAAGCAACACACCAUCCCAGAUCCUCUCACUGUCAGGGGAUAGAGUUCCUCUGCACUGCGUGGACAGACAUCCGAACCAGCAGCACAUCGUGGCCACAGGAGGCCAGGACGGCAUGCUCUGUGUCUGGGAUGUGAGACAAGGCAACACACCCUUCUCACUUAUGGAGGCUCACUCUGCUGAAAUGUGGGAAGUCCACUUCCACCCAUCCAACCCAGAUCAUCUGUUCACAUGCUCAGAGGACGGCUCACUGCUGCACUGGGAGACAUCCUCACAAUCAGACAUGCCUUCCUUCUUACAAGGUGGCAGGAACAACAGUAUGCUAUCCCGCAGUGCGAUGGCCCCAGCUGGAGGGAACCAGUCCCUCAUCAACACCUGGCUCAGUGGAGACUCCAGUAAAGGCCGCCUGGAGACCAGUCACAUGCUGCCCAGUCAGACGCUGUCCGUCAACAGCUUGGACGUACUCGGACAAUGUCUCGUCUGCGGAACUGACGGAGAGGCUAUUUUUGUCAACAGACAGGUCUCGGUUUAGAAGAUGUGGAUGAAGAUCAGUUAACUAGCUUUCAAUUUGAGUCAUUAAUUAUUUUAACCAUACUUUUGAACAUUUCUUUAUGCUCAAAUGUAUGGUUUGACAUGGGUUAUUUUUGUAUUUGUCUGUCAUACAACAUUGCAGACACAUUUAUCAGUGCACUUCUGUUACAGUUGAAUUAAUGGAUCAUCACACGUGAAUCAUUCCAAACACAUUUCAACUCAACAGUACUUUUGUAUAGAUGUCAUUCCGAAAAUGUUUGGAAAUAAAUCAAUAAAAAGCCUUUA